UCAAUCGGCCCUUCUUUCUAUGAACGUCAAACCGUUCUCAUGUUUGAGUCGAUAUCACUCGUUUUAAACUAAUUUCACCAGAAAAUAUUUGACUUGAGUGAAAAGUUACCCUAAACCUGAUACAACAAUGUCGCGAUUUUUUGCCGGUGGCUCGGAAUCUGAUUCCGAUAGCUCUUCGGAUAGUGAGCCAAUUCAGCGUCAGGCUGCUCCGCAAUUCACGUUUAGUGACGAGGAGGAAGAUGUCAAACGCGUCGUGCGGUCAACGAAGGAAAAACGCUAUGAAGAACUAUCGAACAUUAUUAAAAGCAUCCGUAACUACAAGAAAAUCAAGGACAUGGCAAGUGUGCUUAGCAGUUUUGAGGAUUUGACGAGAGCAUACGCGAAGGCGUUGCCCGUGAUUGUCAAGGAGGAGAAGGGAGUCACGCCUCGCUUUAUAAUACGCGCUAUAGUGGAGCUUGAAGAUUUUAUCAACGAGGUUUGGGAUGAUAGAGAUGGACGCAAAAAUUUGUCCAAGAACAACUCCCGGUCUCUCGGAACAUUGCGGCAGAAGUUCCGCAAAUACAUCAAAGACUUUGACAGCGAGCUGAAAAAAUUCCGCGAGUCUCCGGAUGCGGCCGAUGAUGAUGAAGAGGAAGAGGAGAAAAAGGACGAUUCAGAGUCCGAGGACGAACAGGUUAUCGCUCAAUCCGCCGUUAGGGCUGUAUCGUUUAAGAAGGAUGUCGAGAAGGUGAAAGUGGAGAAGGAUGAUGAAGAUUCGGACGAUUCGAUUGAUUGGGGUUCAGAUUCGGAAUCAGAUGAAAGCUCUUCUGACGAAGAAACGCAUUACGCUAGUAUUCGAGAACGCUUCUUGAAACGUUCGGAGAAAGAUGACGGGGAAGACGGCGAAAAAAAGAAGGAAAAGAAAAAGGUGAAGGAAUCGAAGGAUAGUCGUAAGAAGAAACGGGUUGAUGACGACGACGAUGAAGGUUGGGAGGUUGUGAACGGAAAUCGAUCGGCCACUUCCGAACAACCGAAGAUGUUUGCGAAAGAUGCGGAAAUCGAUAUCACCGUCGUUAUUGCCAAGCUGAAUGAAGUAAUGGCUGCUCGAGGCAAAAAAAGAACUGAUCGUAAGAUGCAAAUUGAGUUCUUGCGGGAACUUCGUACAGUUGCUGAGGCACACAAUUUGGGAGCCGCUGUGGCAGCAAAAAUUCGCUUCAAUAUUGUCUCAGCUAUUUUCGAUUACAAUCCUAAGGUUUCUGAACCGAUGAAAUUAGAGCAUUGGUCCAAGUUGCUGGAAGAAAUUCAGGCACUCAUUAAACUUUUACUUGCCCAUGAAGAAGUCCAUCUAUCGGAGACUAUUCUCGAUGAAAACGAAGAAUAUGAAAAUGUUCCAUUUAAAAUCCGUGGCUGUAUGUUAACGGCUGUGGAACGCUUGGAUGAUGAAUUCACUAAAUUACUGAAGGAAUGUGAUCCUCACAGCAAUGAUUACGUUGAUCGUCUGAAGGAUGAAGUUACUGUCACCAGCAUCAUUGAGGAAGUAGUCAAAUACGUUGAACGUUUGGGAAACGAGAUGGAAAUUUGCCGGAUUUAUUUGCGUAAAAUCGAUCAUUUGUACUACAAGUUCGAUCCAAAUGUAUUGAAGAAACGGAAAGGGCAACUUCCUGCCAACACGCUAACUUCGGUUGAUGAAAUGGAGCGUUUGUGCCGGUUCAUAUAUGCCAAAGAUCAAACCGAUCGUCUUCGUACGCGCGCUAUUCUUUCGCACAUUUUCCAUCAUGCCCUUCACGAUAAUUGGUUCCAAGCUCGCGAUUUAGUUCUGAUGUCCCAUCUGCAGGAAACGAUUCAUCAUUCUGAUCCUCCCACACAAAUCCUUUACAACAGAACUAUGGCCAAUCUGGGAUUGUGCGCAUUUCGUCAUGGAAACGUAAAGGAUGCCCAUCAAUGUCUAGUGGAUUUGAUGAUGACUGGUAAACCGAAAGAAUUGCUCGCACAAGGUUUGGUUCCACAGCGCCAGAACGAGCGUUCGUUGGAGCAGGAAAAAGUUGAGAAGCAGCGUCAAAUGCCAUUCCAUAUGCAUAUUAAUCUAGAACUUCUUGAAUGUGUCUAUUUGGUAUCAGCUAUGCUGCUCGAAAUUCCGUAUAUGGCAGCUCAUGAAUUUGAUGCUCGUCGUCGUAUGAUAAGUAAAACUUUCUAUCAACAGCUGAGAUCUUCCGAGAGACAGUCGUUAGUUGGACCACCUGAAUCGAUGAGGGAGCAUGUUGUAGCCGCGGCCAAAGCAAUGCGUCAUGGCGACUGGAAUGCAUGUGCUAACUUUAUUGUGAACAAAAAAAUGAACGUCAAAGUUUGGGACUUGUUCUACGAGGCGGACCGCGUUCGCGAGAUGUUAACCAAAUUCAUCAAGGAGGAAUCUUUACGCACAUACUUAUUCACCUAUUCGAACGUGUAUGCAUCGAUCAGUGUCCCGUACCUCGCGGAAAUGUUUGACUUGCCUAAAAGUAAGGUACACUCAUUGAUCAGCAAAAUGAUUAUAAACGAGGAGUUGAUGGCGUCGUUGGACGAUCCAACUGAAACAGUUGUGCUGCACCGCUCGGAACCUUCGCGUCUUCAGGCACUUUCAAUGCAGCUUGCCGAUAAGGUUACUAAUUUGGUUGAUGCAAAUGAGCGCGUCUUUGAAAUGAAGCAAGGCAAUUUCUUCCAACGGGGCGGAAACCAAGGAUAUAAUCGUGACCGCCAGAAUUAUCGCAAUCAAAACCAGAAUCAGAACUGGAACAACAAUCGCCGUCAAGAUAAUCGUGGAAACCGCGGCAAUCGUAAUCAGAACCGUGAACAUCGGGACCAGCAUCGUGAACACCAACGUGUCGAAUUUGAAGAAAAGGCUGAGUAGUUCACUUUCGAUAUAAACAGUGGUAUUAACAUCUAUCGUGCAUUCGCAGAUAACUAGUUUUCCAGUAAAACUGUUGCACUUCUUGAAACAUAUUCGAUUUUCCAACAAUAGAAUGAAUACAGAAAUACAUAGAUGUACAUUUCCCGAUCUGAAAGUUUCUCGAUUUUCGGAGCGAAAACUUUCAGGUCGGGAAGUGGACUGAAGAUAACA